AUGCGCAUCAUUGGCCGCCGCUACGACGAGGUGCGCAAGACGGCCCAGGUUGUGCGCGGCUCCAUGAACAACCCUAUAAUCCGCGUUAUCGAGAAGGGUGAUGCCAAGGAGCUCCAUCCCGAAGAGGUCUUGGCCGAGCUUGUGGUCAAGCUCAAGGACGACGUUGCGGCGUACACGAACGCUCGCAUCGAACAUGCAAUUGUCACGGUGCCCACCGGCUUUAAUUUGCUCCAGCGCCAGGCAGUCCGAGACGCAUGUGCCAUUGCUGGACUCACAAAUUACCGCAUCAAAGACGUGUCGACCACUGCCGCCGUCGGACACACGUCCAUCAAGGGCAUGCCCCGUCGCGAGGGGCAUGACAUGGUCGUCGACUUGGGUGGGGGCCACCUCAGCGUCCCGCUGCUGAUGAUUGAAAACGGCAUUUUCGAAGUCGAGGCUGUUGCCGGCAUCACCUGCCUCGGUGGAGAGGACUUUGAUGACCAUCUGUACGACCACUUUGUGGCCGAGUUUUCGCGCAAACACCGCAAGGACAUGACAACGUGCAAUCGCGCUGUGCGUCGCCUUCGCACAGCGUGCGAAAAGGUCAAGCGCGACCUCUCCGUCUCCAACACGGCGACGCUCGAGCUUGAGAUGCUCUUUGGCGACAUCGAUUUUUGCUCGAGCAUCACCCGGGCGCGAUUCGAAGCCUUGUGCUCUGAGCUCUUCAGCAAAGUGACGAAGCUCAUUGAGAAAGUCCUUCGCGACGCCAAGAUCAACAAGAGUCAAGUGCGUGACGUUGUGCUAGCUGGUGGCUCGAUGCGCAUGCCCAAAAUGCAGCAACUGCUCUCGACGUUUUUUGGUGGAGCCAACGUCGACAAGAAGCUCUGCCACUCGAUCCUCAACAACAACGAAGCUGCCGCUCACGGCGCUACGGUCAUGGCAGCGGCCGUGUACGGCGAAACGUGGCCUGACUCGCGCUUUCUCGUCCUCGACGCCGUGUCCGACUCUGUUGGGAUUGAAACCGACGGGGGUGUUUUGACAUCACUGAUCUCGCGCAACACGACCAUACCAGCCAAGAAGUCCAAGAAGUUUGAAAUUUUCCUGUGA